AUGGAUUCACGAACCAAACGCUUUAUUCUCACUAUCGCCAUACUCGCGGUUGUCGGCGGAUUAGGUGCCAUCUGGGUUAACCUGUAUCCCGACUUCCUAUGGUUUAAGGUAGUGGACUAUUUCAGCGUUUACACUAAAAUUCUUACAACAAAAAUUUUCAUCGGUGUAAUUGUAGCGGGUUGCUAUUUGGCAAUCCUCUUGACGAACCUUGCCCUGAUUUAUCGAUUCACACCAGCACAUCUCAGUCCCUCUUUUAUGGGGGGGGCAGAUUUCCUGGGCGAUGCCGCAAACAAUCCCGGUGAUACGCGAAAACUGGUUUACGGUGGGCUCACACUCCUUGCGGUUCUUUUUAGUGUCAUGAUGGGCUACGCAGCCAGUGACCGAUGGGAGAUCUAUCUGCGCUACACCAAUGCCGAGAAUCUCGCUUUCCGUGCCGCCGCUCCUAUUGUCGUAGAAGAAAAUUUCAAUUCUGCCGAAAUUCCUGUUUCGCAACUCGAACUCCAAGCUAAAAAUAUAAAGGUCGGGGAUCAGAUAAGCGUCCAGGUGGACGGUACAAGUCAGGAUGCACGGGUUGAAGCAAUUUUGGAUAACGCCAUCCGUUUAAAUACGCCUGUUCAAAUUGAAUUGGGGCAGAAAGCGUUCUUCAUGUCUCCUGCGCGCGAUCCUAUCUUUGAUAAGGAUGUCGCCUACUACAUUUUCAGGAUGCCAGCGGAGCGUUAUGUUUGUGGGACGCUUUUCGGGGUCUUUAUGUUAGUGACGAUAUUUGCAAUCGUCAUCUACUUUUUUCACGGGCUAAUCACGGGAGAUACCAGUCAGUUUCGGUUCCGUCCACCUUUCAACGUGAAAGCACAUUUGUUCACUCUGGUGGGUCUGACACUCCUAUUCCGAGCAUGGAACUACCGCUUUGCUAUGUUUGAUCUGCUCUAUACCACAAACGAUAUUGUUCGUGGUGGUGGCGGGUAUGCCGCAAUGAAGGCACGACUCCCCAUAUUGUACUUCUUGAUUGGACUUACAGUUCUGUGUGCUCUCAUUUUCAUCAUUAGUAUCUUCUUACAACGCAACACUUUAGCUUUUGGCGGGCUCGCUGUGUUUUUGAUUGCUGGAUUCCUCGGGCAAAUCUACCCCGUUGCUAUACAGAGAUGGCAGGUUGAACCCAGAAAACAGGUAUUAGAGGCAGACUAUAUCAACUACAACAUCAAAGCGACACUUCAAGCUUACGGCUUGGCUGAGAACACCGUGACAGAAGAAGAAUAUCCGCUGAUAGAACAACUCAGUUAUGAUGACAUAAGGAGUCCUGAAAACGCUUCUGUUUUCAAUAGCAUUCGUCUCUGGGAUUGGCGGCCCUUGCGCAGAACUUUCCGACAACUCCAGGAAUUGCGGUCACAAUAUGAUUUCAACGAUGUCGAUAUCGAUCGCUAUGUCGUUGAUGGUGAGAUUCGACAGGUGAUGCUCUCUGGACGAGAACUCAAUAUCAACGAACUCCCUGCCGAAAUCAGAAAUGACUGGUAUAAGCAAACCUAUACCUACACGCACGGAUAUGGUGCUGUUGUGAGUCCGGUUAACGAAAUUAAUAACGGCAAACCUAACAUGUACAUUAAAGGAUUGCCACCCAUUGACUAUACGGAGCAGUGGCAACAUCGGUUCAGCGAAACACCGGGACCCCGUAUCUAUUAUGGUGAACGUACGGAUCGCUAUGUGAUCGUACAUCCAGAACGGAGCGAAGGACUUGAGUUUGACUAUCCGCAGGAGGGACAACAAUACGCCGAAUAUGCGUAUCAAGGAAAGGGUGGCGUACAACUGAGCUCUUUCUGGCGCAAGAUGGUAUAUAUGCUGAAGUUCAAUAACGAAAUUAACUUCGUGCUACCGGGUGAAAUUUCAUCGGAAAGUCGAAUCCUCUACGAACGAAACAUCAAAAGCCGGAUCCAAAAAAUCGCGCCCUUCUUACGGUACGAUGGGGAUCCUUACAUAAUUAUUCAUGACGGCAGGUUGAUUUGGAUGAUUGAUGCUUAUACCAUCACACACCGCUAUCCUUAUUCCGUUUCAAUGCGAGAGUUCGUCAGUGAGAGAAGACAACAGAUUUCAGAUACGCAGCGAGACGGUGAACCGUGGGGAAACUAUAUCCGAAAUUCUGUUAAAGUCGUUGUUGAUGCUUACGAUGGCACUGUCGAUUUUUACAUUAUGGAGCGAGAACAGGAUCCGAUCGCGGAAUGUUAUCGAAAGAUCUUCCCGAAUCUUUUCAAGCCGUUUGAGGAGAUGCCGGAUGAACUCAAGGCGCAUAUCCGAUACCCGACAUCUAUGUUCCUUAUCCAAGCUCGUGUCUAUCAGAAUUAUCACAUGAAAGACCCGGUGACCUUUUACGCGGGCGAGGAUAAAUGGGAGAUAGGCAAAGAACUUUAUGACAAUACAGAUGCCCAAACUCGACAAGCUGCUUCUCCGCAGCCAAGGAGUCCCUUCGCACCGCAGCCAGUAGCCCAAAGUUCCGGAGCAAAUGGACAACCGGUUGAACCCGUAUUAUGUCAUCAUCAGACCGCCGGGACGCGAGGAAUCGGAAUUUAUGUUGAUGUUGCCCUUCACACCGCUCAACAAACCGAAUCUCACUGCAUGGCUCGCUGCCCGAUGCGACUUGCCCCAAUACGGGCAGCUCCUUGUUUACCGGUUCCCGAAAGGGAAACAGGUCGCAGGACCGAUGCAAGUAGAGAACUUUAUUAG